CAUAUUUUCUUUUUUUUUUUUUUUUUUUUUAGUCAAGAUGAGACAUCAUGGAUGUAAGAAAGUUCCUUUUCUUGAGACAAUGCUCUUCUUUCCUGAAAGCCUUUCAGCUUUGGAGACCAUACAGUGGCCUUCCAGUACAUGAAGAGGGGCUACAGGAAAGCUGUUUAUAAGGGACGUGAAAAUCUGAGAAAUGAACAAAUUACGGCAAAGCUUUAGGAGAAAGAAAGAUGUCUAUGUCCCAGAGGCCAGUAGGCCUCACCAGUGGCAGACUGACGAAGAAGGCGUUCGUACUGGCAAGUGCAGCUUUCCUGUGAAGUACUUGGGACAUGUCGAAGUGGAUGAAUCCAGAGGAAUGCAUAUCUGUGAAGAUGCUGUGAAGAGACUGAAAUCUCUACCUACAGUAAUAGCGCUCGACUUGUCCCCCCUGUUCCUCCAGGAAAGGAAGUUCUUCAAAGGCUUCUUUGGAAAAUCUGGGAAGAAGGCAGUUAAAGCAGUCCUGUGGGUUUCGGCGGAUGGACUCCGAGUUGUAGAUGAGAAAACAAAGGAUCUUAUAGUUGAUCAGACAAUAGAGAAGGUUUCUUUCUGCGCACCAGACAGGAACUUUGACCGGGCAUUCUCGUACAUCUGUCGCGACGGCACGACGAGACGCUGGAUAUGCCACUGCUUUAUGGCCGUAAAGGACACGGGGGAGAGGCUGAGUCAUGCCGUGGGCUGUGCAUUUGCAGCGUGCCUGGAGCGAAAGCAGAAGCGGGAGAAGGAGUGUGGAGUGACUGCCACCUUUGAUGCCAGCAGAACAACAUUCACUAGAGAGGGGUCAUUCAGGGUCGCUACAGCUACUGAACAAGCAGAGAGAGAGGAAAUUAUGAGACAGAUGCCGGAUGCUAAAGCAGUUGAAACAGAAGUGAAAACAGUAGCACCAGGUGCUGCACCAAACAAUACUGCUCCCUCUUCUGGCUCACCAACCUCUCCUACUGCUGAAGUUGCGGCCUCUCUGGAUAAAGAAACGACCAAUCCCCAUGCUAUUCCACGGAGGCAUGCCCCUAUAGAACAGCUUGCCAGGCAAGGGUCUUUCAGGGGCUUCCCUGCCCUUAGCCAAAAGAUGUCUCCUUUCAAACGCCAGUUGUCUUUGCGAAUAAAUGAGCUGCCUUCAACAGUGCAAAGGAAGACUGAUUUCCCCAUGAAAAAUGCAGUCCCUGAGGUAGAAGGGGAGACAGACAGCAUUAGUGCCCUGUGCUCUCAGAUCACCAGUGCUUUCAGCGCACCGUCAGAGGAUCCUUUCUCUUCAGCCCCCAUGACAAAGCCAGUGACAGUAGUCGCACCACAGUCUCCUGCCUUUCAAGUUAAUGGCACUGCCUCUGCCUUCUGUGUGCUUGCUGCUAAACCAUCCCAGGCUGCUGUAGUGCCCACAGCUAUGCCCGUUCGUGAAACCAAUCCCUGGGCUCAUGCUCCUGCUGCUAAUACUGGAGCUGCAGCCAUGGUCGCUGGCACUGAAUGGAGCAGCACCUCCUCAGGUGCGGCCUCACCGAGUCUCUUACAAGGAAAUCACAGACGUACUCCCUCAGAGGCAGACCGCUGGUUGGAAGAGGUCUCAAAGACUGUCAGAGCCCAACAGCAGCCAACCCCAACCCCAGCCCCAGCCCCACAGCCACAGCCACUACUACAGCCUCCUGCAGCAGCUUCCCAGUCAGCACCAGCCUUCCCAGUCAGCACCUUCAUUGCGCCUCAGCCCGUGCCGGUGGGUGUGGUACCACCCAUGCAGCCAGCAUUCAUUCCAGCUCAGCCCUAUGCUGUACCCAAUGGGAUGACCUAUCCAGCCCCAAGCGUACCUGUGGUUGGAAUCACCCCUUCCCAGAUGGUCGCCAAUGUCUUUGGUACAGCGAGCCACGCUCCAGCAGCCCAUCCGCAUCAGUCGCCCAGCCUGGUCAAGCAGCAGACCUUCCCCCAGUACGAGGGCAGCAGCGCUGCAGGCAGCCCCUUCUUCAGCCCCCCGGCCCAGCACAACGGCUCGGCAGCCUUCAACGGGGUCGAGGGGGGCAAAUGGGCAGCAGAGGACAAGCAGGGGCAGCCCCCCGCCGCCCCACAGGUAGACCCGUUUGAAGCACAGUGGGCAGCCCUGGAGAGCAAGGCGAAGCAGCGCACUAAUCCCUCCCCAACUAACCCCUUCUCAAGUGAUUUACAGAAGACAUUUGAGAUUGAACUUUAAGCAGUACUGUUGUGGGGGGGGAGGGUGGAUAAAUUGUACAUUAGGGUAGAGGGAUAAAGGGAGCAGAGGGGACUGUUUCUGAUCAGUUUGCUUUGAUAAUCCCAAAAGUCCCUUCAAACUAAAAUGGGUUAGAAAGAGGGAGCAAUUAUGGGGAGGAUAUAAGCAUACAGAGAAUUUUAUGUGCAGUUCUUAAAAGGAAUUCUGGAGCCACCCCAGUCUGCAUUCCCUCCUCACUUGGAAAGCUGGAAGUCAAAGAGCGUAAAGAAAGGCACCCAGUCCCAAAGCCUGUUCUGCAGAAACACCAGUUAUCUCACAGAAAGGAAGGCAGAUUUUGUACUUACGUCCUGCUGAUGCCCUGCGAGUCCUGGACAUUCCCACUCCAGGGAACAAAAAGGGUGGGGUGGGGGGUGGAUAUGGGUGGAAGAUUGUCACCUACUUAGCAAAAGCUAGGUUUGUGGGAAAAGUUGAGCUUCCAUUUUGAGUAACAAAGUGAAUAUUAUAUGUAAAGAAUAAAGUAAAGCCAAAAUCUUUAUUUUUAUGCAUUUAGAAUAUUUUAAAUAGUUGGAUAUUAAAAGCUGUAUGAGUUGUAAGUAAUCUUGCCAAAGGUUAAAAAAAAAGGGGGGGGUUGGAUGUAAGAAAUUGUACAUAAGAUUGAUUUAUCUCUGAUUCUUAUUGUAAGUAAUAUUGGGGGGGGGGGGUGGGGGGGUGGAAAAAGGGGCUCUAGCUUGUUCUUGUAUCUGUUCAUUGUAAGUAGCAUAUUGCAACAACAAUCACAACCAGUAUGUCAUUAUAAUGUAGUUUUAAAUAAAGAAAAUCAAAGAACAGUAUUGUCAUGGUUUGAAAACCAUGGGGAAAAUUUACUGGUUUUUAUUGGAAUCGAGCUACAUAUUAUAUAUAGUAUGUUUUUUUUCCUUUCAUGUAUUGCUGCAGUUUCUUUAUCUUAAUCAAUUGGUUCUAACACUACUGUGACAAUUUACUGUAAUCAUAUCUACAUCCAGGGGCUACCUGGGAAACCAUUUUAUGUUUGUCUGUCAGUAGAUCUUAGACAUUUUUUACCUUUGUUUUUAUUUUUUUCCUACUGAUUUGUGAAACCUUGUGGAUGAGGCUGCAGCUGGUCCAGGUUCUGCCUCUGGUGACUUGUGAAAACCAUCUCAUUUUAACUUUACUUUUAAACUUUGGCCUUACAAGCAAAUGUAAGUUAUAUAUAUUUGUACUGAUGAUUUAUAAUCUGCUUUAACAGAAAUAAAUGUUGGUGGUAGAA